AUGGAGAGCAACGAAACGACCCACACAUCUAUGUCUCAGUCCCCCUCAGCUACAUUACGACUCAACGACCAUGUCAAGUCUCGAGACAUUCCCCGCUGGCUUGCACGCAUCCGCAUUGGCUCUGGGAUUUACCGCGACGUUCGCUCUCGCCUUCCGUACUACAUCAGUGACUGGACGGACGCUUGGAACUACCGUGUCAUUCCUGCCAUCGUGCUUAUAUUCUUUGCUAAUGUGCUGCCAGGCAUUGCUUUCUCGCUAGAUCUCAUAGAGACCACGCAGCAAUAUGGCGUGUCGGAAGUGCUCCUAUCGUCAUUUAUGGCUGCUUUCAUAUUCUCGGUCUUCGGCGCGCAACCACUAUGCAUAGCUGGCGUAACGGGGCCGAUCACAGUGCUCAACAAGACCAUCUAUAAUAUCAUAGAGCGACAGCCGGAUGCUCCUAAUUAUCUGCAGUUCGUCGGGUGGGUUUAUUUGUGGGGUGCAAUAUUACACUGGAUCACUGCCGUACUUAACUGGUGUAACUUCCUACAGUUUGUCACUCUCUUCCCCUGCGACACGUUCGGUUUCUACGUUUCGUGGGUCUAUCUGCAAUACGGCGUACAAGUAGUCACGCGACAGUUCCCCCCACUCUCUGAAUCCUCAGAUGACGAGCCGUCUGCUACCCUGGAUGGUGCCUUCGUCGGCAUCAUACUAGCAUUGCUCAUGCUUAUCAUCUCCUUCCUCUUCCGCUCGUUGUCCCAGUCAGCCUACUUCCAUCGGCACGUCCGUCGCUUCCUUGCCGACUACGGUAUGCCGAUUGCGCUUGUUGCAUCGUCCGCAAUGGCCUACUGGGGGCGCUUCGAUGCGGCGAAGCCGAGUACUCUUCCAACAAGCAGCCCCUUCGAGCCUGCGAACGGACGAGACUGGUUGGUGCGCUUCUGGCAACUAGACGGCAAGUGGGUCGGGAUUGCGUUCCCCUUCGGCUUCGUCCUCUGGGUGCUGUUCUUCUUCGACCACAAUGUUUCGUCGCUCAUGGCGCAGGGAACACAAUUUCCGCUGCGCAAGCCGCCAGGCUUUCACUACGACUUCUUCCUGCUUGGCGUCACGACGUUCAUUGCAGGGCUGCUCGGUCUUCCGGCUCCGAACGGUCUCAUCCCACAAGCUCCCAUACACACCACGUCGCUGCUAGUCAUGGGGUACCCCGACAAGAAGAGUGAGCAGGACGAUGUCGAGGGCCAAGCAGGUGGAAAGCAGCAGGAGAAGCAGCCGAGAGACAAUGACGCCGCGGAGCUGAAGCGCAUGCGCUCACGCCGGUCGUUCCUCGAGCCCGAGCUCGAGCCAGACCCUACCCAGGCGAGGGAUGGAGGAGGGAAUGCGCGAAAAGAAGAGGUUGCCGUGGCCGUGGUCGAGCAGCGCGUGUCGAAUCUGGCGCAAGGCGCGCUCUGUCUCGUACUGCUGACCCGGCCCUGGUAUAUGGGUGCGGACGCGCUGCAGGGCAACGGGAUCACGCGCAAGAUCCUGUAUUUCUUCCGCGACAAAGCCCUUACGCCCGCGGACGAACCGUUGCGUCGGGUGCGCAAGUCGCGCAUCCUGCUCUUCGUCGCGGUGCAGCUUGCGGGCUUUGGAGCGACGUUUGCGGUCACACAAACGAUUGCUGCCAUCGGGUUCCCCGUGAUCAUCCUGCUGCUCGUUCCGCUGAGGACCCUUGUCAUCCCACGGCUGCCCUUUACAGAUGACGAGCUAGCCAUUCUGGACGGGCCAACCGCAUCGCCAUUCACUACCGAACCAAUGCCAAUGCUGCCUCAGGAGCGUUUCGGGUCACCGUCCGUUCCUACCAAGACCACUAGCACUAGCGGGAUUGUAUACCGACCAAUCGACACCGACCCGUCUCAACUGAAUAGACGAAUUGAGACCUAG